AUGCCCCGGCACCUGUUUUUCUCUGCGGUGGCGCUGCUGCUCCUCGUGCCGAUUUGCGAAGCUGAGGCCAAACAGAAGGCUCUACAGCUGCCGGACGGAGUGGAUGUGUUUGCGUCGCAGGAGCAGGGCAACUACGAGUACGCCGCUCCCUCGCUUGCGGAGGUCGACGGGGUUCUGGUGGCCGCAGCCCAAGCCCGCUGCAGUGACUGCGAAGGAGCCAUCACGCACAUCAUGGAGCGCCACGCGCUGACGAGUGAGUGGAAGCAGCAGGAUAAGUGGGAGACGCACCUUGUCGCUCAGGGCCAGAGUUUGGUGAACUCCUAUCUUUAUUCCUUCAACCCCGUAAUGGCCGUGAAGGAGGGGAGGGUCUACCUCCUCUUCAAGGAGCAAGAGGAGAAGAAAAGUUCCGUGAGUGCCGACUGGGCCGACGAGCAUUCGGCUGUUGUCCUGUACACCGGCACGCCCACGGAGGGCAGCGGCCAAAGCGACAAGUCCAUCAAGUGGAGUAAUUCCGGAAAGGUGUUUUCGUACCUCACUCACGACCUUGGGAAUAACUUUGAGAGGUUUUUUAUGACGGGCGCAGGCUCCGGGGUUGUGAUGGGCAACGGCACCGUCGUGUUCCCCAUGGAGGCGCUGAGCGAGGAGGCGGGAAAAUACCUUGCCACCGUUGUCUACCUCUCGAGUGACGACAAAAAGGGGUACAUGGCGAAGGGCGUGGCCAACUCGGGCUGCUCCUACACGACCCUCGUGGAGUACCAAGACGGAAAGUUUCUCAUGAUGGCCUCCUGCAAAGAUGGGGCGCGCCGGGUGUUCUUGUCGAGCAAUUUGGGGGAGACGUGGGUGGAGGCCCUCGGGACACUCUCGCGCGUGUGGGGCAACUCGCCGAAGCGCACCGGGCACGGCAGCCAGGACGGCCUUGCGGCUGCGACGAUUGCUGGGAAGAGGGUGUUCCUGCUCACGCACCCGGUGUUUCCCCAAAGCAGUUCGUACGCCAACCAGAUCCACCUCUGGCUUUCCGAUGGGACCCGCAUAUUCGACGUGGGGCCGAUUUCUGCCAAUAGCAACUACAAGGCGGCCUCCAGCACUCUCCUGUACGCAAAAGACAAGUUGUUUUCGCUCUACGAACGGAAAGAGGUCGACAAGCAACGCUUUGUGCUUGUGCGUCUGGACGACCAGCUGGAGCGCAUAAAGGAGGUGCUGGCGCAGUGGGAUAAGCUUGAAAAGGACUUCUCCAAGUCCUGCACUUCCUUGGGUGUGGCUGGCGCGUGUGACGGUUCCACGCGCGGUGUUGGGCUUUUGUCCAAUGCAGGCUCCGCCAGCCACUGGAACGACGAGUACCUCUGCGUGGACGCAGCGGUGAGUGGCGCGACGAAGGUCGCGGACGGCUUUGAGUUCAGCGGGUCCAAUUCACGCGCCGAGUGGCCCGUGGGCGCGCAGGGGCAGAACCAGCGGUACCACUUCGCAAACUACAACUUCGCUCUGCUGGCGACAGUGACCGUCAAUGACCCGACGGGCGGCGCCUCCGUGCUUGGUGUGCGGCUCAACGGCACUGACAGUGCGGGCAACCGCUUUGGAUUGCUGUGCAGCGGCGACAACAAUUGGGUGGUGAAGAGCCGGACUGGGGAGAAGGUGGCGCAGGCCGCCAGGUGUGAGUCCAAGAAACAGUACCGCGUGCUUCUCACACUCCAGGAGGGCAGUUUUUCCUUCUACAUCAACGGCGAGGCACUGAAGCUUGCGGGUGCGGAUGCCGCGGCGCUGGCGAAGAAGGACAGCGAGGAGAUCGCGCACUUCUACUUUGGGGCGGACGACGGCAUGAGUGGCGUUGACGGCAGCGUGACCGUGAAGAACGUCUUUCUGAUGAGCCGCCCAGAGCAUAUCAUUGAAUCCGAGACACCCAACAACGGUGUCGAGUCAGACGACGAUGAAGAUGAGAGUUCCGUAAGUGCGCAUGGGUCUCGCGUGCUCUUGCUGCUUCUGGGGCUGUGGGCUCUUGCGGCGUUUUACUGA